AUGGUUCUGCGGCGGCUGCUGGCCGCCCUCCUGCACAACCCGCAGCUGGUGGAGCGUCUCUCAGAGUCUCGGCCCAUCAGGCGAGCGGCACAGCUCACCGCCUUUGCGCUGCUUCAGGCCCAGCUACGCGGCCAGGACGCGGCCCGGCGCCUGCGAGCCAUCGCGGCUGGGCCCGCUGGCUCCCUGGGCCGCCGAGCGGCCCGUUUCAGAGACACCUUCACUCAGGAGCUACGCCGGGGCCUCCGGCAACGCCCGCGGCCACCACCAGGUAGCCAGAAAGGCCCGGGAGCAAACCCCUAA